AUGGCAGAAGAGAAGAAGAAGGAUUCAAGUGCACUUAUAUCAACAAAGAAGAAAGUAAAGCCACGAAAGUCCCGAGACGCAGAUUGUCUCAGUGUCAAUUUCCUCAAGUGUGUUCUGCAUAUUUUCAACAUUGUGUUUCUGUUUGCCGGCAUUGGUGUUUUAAUCAUCGGUGCUUGGACUGUAGCAUCUAGGCACAGAUUCGUACCGCUGUUGCCUACGCCGACAUACCCGGCUAUAUCAUACCUUCUUGUUAUAGCCGGAGGCAUGGGAGUGCCUUUAUGUGCACUAGGCUGUUGUGGACUUAAAACUGAGAACAGGACGAGCAUACUGUGUUACACAUACUUCCUGUUGUUCACCUUCAUAUUGGAGGCGGGGGCAGGCGGUCUGGCUUACUACUACGAGGUGGCCGUCGAAUAUGAGCUGAAGGCAGAACUUAACAACACGUUCAUCGCUAAUUAUGCUUUAGAUGUCAUAGUCACGGAUGCUGUAGACCUGAUGCAGUCAGAGUUCAAAUGUUGUGGCGCAUUGCGAUAUUCAGACUGGCGACGUAGUGCAUGGCACGGACACGACCCACGCUUACUCGUGCCCGACUCGUGCUGCAAAACUAUUACAUCACGCUGCGGAAUGCGCGACCAUCCCUCAAAUAUUUAUUAUCAUGGUUGCGUAGCUCCUUUCACGAAUCAUAUACGUGAGAAUCUGAUUAUACUCGCUGCUGUUGGAGUGGGAAUGUCAGUCAUACCGAUAUUUGGCUUCCUCUUCUCCUGCAUUCUCUACGUGAAGAUAAAACAUGUCAUCGACUGA